GAAAUUAUUUAGAUAGUCUAUAUGUGAUCAAUUGCUCUAUAGGAUUCUGAGCAAGAUUAAUUUGAAAAGGGUGGCGACAUCUACCAGUUGUGUUUGAUAGUCUAGAUUCAAUGGAGAUCACCGUAAAAUCACUCCACUUAAGAGUAUUUGAGAAGUUGGGUGUAAAGCGAGAUUUGGAAAACAUGCCUAAUUCCUCUAUUAAGAUCAAAUCUGAAUUUCAUAAAGAAAUGAAAUAGAAAUGUGUGCUCCACGGCUUCAUACAAGUCUAAAAAUGAACUUGCCCUUCUCAUCAUGGCAGUCUAUUCCUGCUAAUACUUCAUGAAAAAUAAACGCAGCGAUUGGUUGCUUGUUGUUGUUCCACUGCCAACUCUGCCUUCGAGACGAGCUGUAUUGACAACAUUGACCAUCGUCGACGUCGAACAACGAAGUGCCAGUGGCUGAUUACGUAAUUUGUUUCUCUGUCAACACACACAGCUUGGACGUGAACGGUGUUGUGGCCUGGCGAAAUAUCGAGCGCUUCAACGUAACGCUAACCUAACUAUAAGUGUGCUGGAGUGCAGAGCUAAAACAUCAAAACUGGUCACUGUCCAAAUACUCAUGGACUGCGCUGUAUCAGGAACAUCUGGCCAAGGUGCGUUGGAAAAGGAAUAGCCAGCUAGCCAGUUAGCUAUGGCAACGAUACGUCGCCCAAGGUGUUCUCUCCGAGACUCACUGUAUUGGGAUGAGACUGAGUGCCUGACGUAUUAUGGGAUGCUCUCUCUUCAUGAGAUGUUCGAAGUAGUCGGUUCUCAGCUGACAGAGAUGGAUGUUGAGGUCCUGUCCUUCCUCUUGGAUGAGACCUAUCCAGCGAUAGGCCACCCCUUGGACCCAGCUGGCUGGACCAGCGAGCCUUGCGAGGGGGACCCUGAGGCCGGUAAGGAAGAAGCCCCAAGCCCAGCACUCCUGGUGGCCUGGCGCCGGUUACAGUCCCGGGGUUCUGCCUUGGUCUGCCCCACUGAGGCCCGUCACAAGCCCAAGAGUGGGUUAGAACUGCUGCUGGAGCUGGAGAGGCGCGGGUACCUGAGUGAGUCCACCCUGGAGCCCUUGCUGCAGCUGCUCCGAGUCCUCACACGCCAUGACCUCCUGCCUCUAGUGUCCCGCAAGAAACGGAGGACCGUGUCACCAGAACGCUUUAGACUGGACUACGGGUCAGUGGAUAGAAGAACGGCCUGCCCGUCUGCACUGACUGACACCAGUGCACAGACAGAAUCGCCUGAUGAAAACUCAACACAGCAGUGGAGGAGGGGUGUUGAUCCUGCCAGGACAGCUCCUGCCCCCCUACGAAAGAAGAGGGGCAAAGGUCGUCGUUGGACAAGCAAACCCGUUGCCCACAAGAGAACAGUGGGCAUCACCGAAACACCUGCCCCACCGGUACCUGAGAAAGUGACCUGCGACAUCCGCCUGCGCGUGCGAGCAGAGUACUGGGAGCACGAGUCGGCCCUGCGCGGUGGCGUCUCCUCUGACAAACAACAGCCCCUGGAGCGCCAGUUUGAGCUGUUCAGCCGUGCCAGCUCUGUGCUGCGGGCCCGUGACCUGGGCUCCAUCAUCUGUGACAUCAAGUUUUCUGAGCUGGAGAACCUGGAGGCCUUCUGGGGAGACUACCUGAGCGGAGCGCUGCUUGAAGCCCUGAAGGGGGUGUUUAUCACAGACUCUCUCCGUAGGGCGGCGGGGAGAGAGGGCGUCCGGCUGCUCAUCAGUGUAGACCAGGAUGACUACGAGGAGGGUCGCAAGCUGCUGCUGGACUCACAGGAACAACAAGCUGGCUGCUGGGGAGGAGACAGAACCAACGUGAGAAAGCUGGUUAUGGACGUUCGGCUCUGACAGACGUCUGUUCGAGGUUGUGUUCAUCAUUUUCGGCUCACUACAGUUCACAAAACAGUUCUCGAAUCCUUAGAGACAGUAAGCUGUAUUUCUAAUUCUAACCCGUCCCGUGAUGUUCUCUCUACAGAUCCUGAUCCUGAAGAAAGGAAUGAAAAGGAGAACAAAGUUUUCUUUGUUCUCUCUUAUUUUUAAAGUCCCUCCUACUGAGAACAGAAACAAGGAUACGGCCACUAAUAUGUGGGGGGGGGGAUCCUCAUGGAAAGUGGCCAAACUUGAAAAGAAGUCAAGCUGGUCUAAAAGAUGCACAGUUAAGUUUGGAAUGGAUGACACGGUUUGCCCUGAGGCUCGAUGCCCAGAGGACACAGUGGAAGAGAGACACUUUUUCACACAGAGAUUCAGAAUCACUAACUAACCUAUCACCGAAACCCACUCAAACUACCAUUGUCUCAGAUGUACUCUCUCUCAAAUCACCCACACCAUAAACUGCCAAGUCUGCCUGUGAGCCGCAAUGAAGCCAGGUAUUGUCUUGCAUUGGGAACCUAGAUGCCAACUAAAGACGCAGACAUCGAAGUGCUCUGAUUAUUGAUUGAGUGCAUGAGCUGCCCUGCAAGGCGGGCUUCACAACCUAAAUAUUUGUUUCAGUUUGCAUUGAAAUUUAUGAUUUUGAAUAGAUAAGUGAGACUGAGGUAAUGGGGGGGGGGGGGGGUGACUAAAGAGUGAGAAUAUGUUUUGACUUUUUUGGAGAUAAUUAUAGGUUCAUUAAACGCUGGUCCUUCCAGAACUUAAGUACACAAACACACACACCAUUAAUACAAGCUACUGGUAGUCCCAUCACUGUGCCAUGAUAAACCAGUGCCUGAUAGCUGUGUUCAGUGGCCAUCUCAGAUGACAGGAAAGAUUCCCUCUCGGCCUCAGCCAACCAUGAGAACCCAUCACAUCACCACCAGUUGUUGAACAGCAGCUGGGAUAACACGACUAGGCUGGACCCACCCAGGCUUCCAGCCUGGACCACUGCCUUUCCCACUGGAACUAAAUCACAGUACAGUGCUUCAGUCAAUAGAAGUGAUGUCGAAGAGAUCAAAAUCAGAAACUUGCAUCCCAGCUUCCCUCAGCCCUGCUUUGCCGUCCCCACUUGAGUGGCUUGUGGACGGCUGUCAGUCUAGUCUGGUCACCCUGCUGGAACUAAUGCCUUGACUUCUCUGAUGGAGUGGGAUCAAUACACCCCCCCCCUGUCUCUUUAAGUCCCCUAAUACAAACAUGGUGCCCACUCUGGCCUACUACCACACUGACUCGCAGCGCUUUCUGGGACCACAUUGGAAGACCGGGGAGGCACUCAGGACAACCAUAGUAUUGUAUCUAUUUUCUGUGUUUUGAUAAAUGGAUUCAUUAAUGUAGCUUUGUAAUGUCCAUUAAAAAAAAG